CACCUACUGUACACCAGCCCAGCCCAACGAACGCACCUCACUUGCCAACUAUCUUCUCAUUUCUCCUCUCCUUCCCUCCUGAGGAUCAUCGUCACCUUUGAUACCCCAUCACCAUCAACACCACCAACACCAUCACACGCGCCUCCCACAACCAGAAGACGACAUUUGCCUCGCACUCAACACCAACACUCGCAUUAUCUGCUACUGCUGCUGCUCCCAACAGUUACCAGCGCAGUGGAUGCCAAGCUCGUCCCCAAAUCACUGUGCGCGCAAUCCCUUCUCCAAAGUCGCAAACGCGUGCGAUUGUUCAACACCAGCCCUGUUUGACGCACGCCCACACCCUCGCCAGUCUUGAUCGACCGGAACAUCUGGACAGGAGUCCAAUUCACCCCAUCAACACCACUAUCACCACUCGGCGCAUCAUCGUCGCCGUCCCCCAGCCUCGGUGAUUCCGUGGCGACAAAUAUUCAGUCUUGACUAGUUGAAGUAAACAUCUCCUUCUCAUCGACCUUCUUCCGCGUACACCAUCCUCAAUCCUUCCACACCGCGACUAUGUCGAUGUACAAUCAUCGUGGUUUGGGCCCGGCCCCAGGCAACACACGAUUGAAUGAGUUGCUGGACCAGGUUCGCGCAGAGUUCGAGAACCAGGCUCGAGUGAGUGGGGAGGUUGAGCAGUCCAGUAAGUCGCAAACUGAUACUAGUCACCACGACCGCAUAGUGUGGUGACAGCUCUUUGAUGUGAGACUAGUGCUAAUAUGGGAUCUAGUGACACAUCAGAUCAACGAAAUGGCCAUGGUACGAGAGAAAGUCUUUGGAAUGGAACAGCAACAUCUUGCAAUCAAAGCAAAGUAGGAUCUCCAAAUCCCUCGUCGUGGCCACGGAGCUGACAUGAAUUAGGUAUGAAGAAGAAAUCGCACGUCUGCACCGUGAACUUGAAGCUAGAGGAGGAGCACCUCGUCCUGCCGGCAUUGGUGGUCCAGGUCCACAACCUUCGAACGCUGGCCCUGCCCAACAAGCACCACCAUCACUCGGUCAUGGACCAAGCAAUUUGUUUGGAGGAAUCAUGGCUGGUCAAGGUCAAAAUGGACCGGGUCUCGCUCCACCACAAGCACAAGAACAACAGCAUGGCCCAGGUCCUCUUCAACACCAAAUGCCACAGCCUCCUCCACCACCUCCUCUUCAACAAGGCCCGCCUCAGCAAUCCCAACAACAGCAACAACAACAACAACAACAACAACAGCAACAACAGCAGCAGCAACAGCAGCCUCCAUUCCAAGGUAGCGGAUAUCCUCAACCACCAGCCCCCAACGGUUAUGGUGUACAACAGCCUCCUCAGUCUACCGCUUCUCCAGGUCCUGGCAAAGGUCGUCCCUUGGGACCGCAGCGUGGACCAGGCGGACCAGCAACCCCACAAUUGAACCAGCAAAUGCCAUAUCCAGACCCAAGAGCCGCAGCCUCACCACAAGUUGGUCACCCUAAUCCACAUGCUUUAGGUGUCGUCCCUUUCAACAGAGUCGGAAAUGCCCUCGCGGAAUUGGACCUUGAACGUCUACCAGCCCACCAAAAGAAGGUUGAUUCAGACUGGUUUGCCAUCUUCAACCCGGAGAUUCCUCGUGUUCUUGACGUUGAUCUCGUUCACACCCUCCAACACGAAAGUGUGGUUUGCUGCGUUCGCUUCAGUCAUGAUGGCAAGUAUGUUGCUACCGGUUGCAACCGAUCAGCACAGAUCUUCGAUGUCAUUACUGGCCAGAGAAUUCAUAUUCUUCAAGACGACAGCGUCGAUUCUGUUGGUGAUCUUUACAUUCGAAGUGUGUGCUUCAGUCCCGACGGAAGAUACCUUGCAACCGGCGCCGAGGAUAAAUUGAUCCGUGUAUGGGAUAUUGCUUCCAGAACCAUUAGGAACACAUUUGCGGGUCACGAGCAGGACAUCUACUCUUUGGAUUUCGCCCGCGAUGGUCGCACAAUUGCUUCUGGAAGUGGUGACCGCACUGUUCGUCUUUGGGAUAUCGAGGCAGGUCAAAACGUCCUCACUCUUAGCAUCGAGGAUGGUGUGACAACUGUAGCCAUUUCACCUGAUACCAAGCUUGUUGCUGCUGGUUCCCUAGAUAAGAGUGUUCGCGUUUGGAGUGCCGAGUCGGGUUACUUGGUCGAGAGACUUGAAGGACCCGAUGGCCACAAAGACUCUGUCUACUCAGUUGCCUUUGCUCCAAAUGGAAAAGAUCUCGUAUCCGGAAGUUUGGAUAAGACUAUCAAGAUGUGGGAGCUUGUUGCACCACGUGGUGGUCAUCCAAACAAUGCACCAAAGGGCGGACGUUGUAUUAGAACUUUUGAGGGCCACAAGGUAAAUCUACUCGAAUUCCUCUCUCGGAAACAUUCACUAAUAAUCCAUAGGAUUUUGUUCUUUCUGUUGCUCUUACACCCGACGGUAACUGGGUUCUUUCUGGCUCCAAGGACCGUGGUGUUCAAUUCUGGGAUCCUAGAACCGGUCACACUCAGCUCAUGUUACAGGGCCACAAGAACAGUGUCAUAUCCGUCGCACCAAGUCCAAGUGGUGGAUCUUUUGCUACAGGUAGUGGUGAUAUGAGAGCUAGAAUCUGGAGCUACAAGCCAUACAACUCUUGA